CGCCCCGGAGGUGUCUCAACGUUCGAUCGCCCUUUGAAGCUCCGGCUGCGCCUUCCUGGCGCAAAAGGCUCGAGGCUGCUUCAUGGAGUGCGGAUUUGGUGUCUGAAUGCAACUCCGGUUGUCAACCAGGUGCAUCCCAGGACUCCAGAUGCGAGACGUUUCUCACCAUCCUUUAUCCUGUCACAGCUUCUCAUUGUUGUUGGGCCUUCCUGGGAAUUGGAGGGGCCAAACCUGACCCUCCAUGGUCCGCCACAGCAAGCUGCAGCAGCAAGUGCUGAGCCUGUACCGAAACUUCUUACGAGCAGCCAAGGACAAGCCGGGCUUUCUGCCCCGGAUACGGGCCGAAUUCCGGAAGCAUGCCCAGAUCCCCCGGACGGACAUCCUGCUCAUCGAGUAUCUCCUUCGGCGUGGACAGAGGCAGCUGGAACAGCUCCGAGACGUCCACACCAAACAGAUGGGUGUCUUUGUCAAAACAAAAUGGGAAGAGCAGUGACUCAGAGCUGGAACUUGAGGGGGCGGGGGCGGGGGGGACUCUUCUAAUUUUAGAAUGUCUCUGGCCUGCUGAUUUUCAGGAUAUCUUUAGACAGAGGGCAACUGCCUGGCUCACUGGAAAGAAAUCUGUGUGUGUCACACAAUCAGAGCUACCACCAGAGAGUGCUGUUAAGAAAAGGGUAUCAACUAUCUGCCCCUACCGCUCUGUUUAAAUACCUUGGGUUGUAACCCUUUUUAAAAACUGGUGGAAUCGUUUUGACUUGCCCAAUGAACUCCAGGAAUUGCCAUUUUGUGUGGGUGCUAAGAAUUCUGUUUUGAGAUCCCACGUGGAGCCCUGGUUUUCAGUAGCAUGGGUGCUACUGUGUCAAUAUUGGACUAGAAUGGUAGAUGUUACUGCAGGGGUAAGUAUUUCUCACACGAAUAGAAGAAUAUAAAUUGGGAAACACUGUGCUUUAAGACAGAGAAUUGUUUGACAAGUUGAAACUCUUAAUUUGCCGAUAGUGUGAGUUAAGUUGAUGAAGUGAGGUGCUGGAAGAUGUACAAGUCCGAUUUAAGUAAUACCCCUAUUUGUCCAUUUGUCUAUGCAUAUAACUGUUAGAUGCUUGAACAAUCCAGGUGUGACACUUACUGGUUGGUAUGAAUGUAUCCUUGAAUAAAGGGAUCUUUUAA